AAUUCAGCAGUUCUACAUCAUUUGUUUAAAACUGAUGUUGCAGGAAUUAAUAAUGUGGAUUUUUAUAACCUUUUAUUUAUACAGUGUAUUUGACUAAUUGUCCAGCCGGUAUUUUAUUAUGAUAGAUUUAAUGGGCUUAGUCUUUAAUUGUGAUAGAAGAAAGAUCAGUGUAGCUGAUGAGAGACAUUGUAAAAGUUGCUUUAAGUUACCAUGCAAUCAGAUAAUUCAGUAGCAGUGGAGCUAGAAAUACCCAGCCUCACUCUUGAGAGCCAGAAUUGCUACAGUAGCUAGCAGUAUCCCCAAAUUCUUUGUUUGUUUGUCCUUUGAAAAUUUUAUCCAGAUAUGAUAUUCCUAUGCACUUUCUUAUUCUACAUGUUUGUUCUUUGCAUGUUUUUCCCCCUAAUUAAAUAGCAACUGUCUGUCCAUCAAUUGGCUCCUUUCUCCAGGGUGUCAUGCAGAUUUGAGGGAGAAGGUUGUGGCUUCACAUAUUGGUUUUGGGAAGAUGCUCCAUGUAAAGAGCAGCAUAGACUAAUGCUAAGAAUGCAGAGAUGCUAUGGUUACAUUUUAAUUUUUUGCCAAUUGUUAGAAUGUCCAAUACUAAUCUUUUACCCACUGUAAAAAUAUGCAGUGAGAAGGAAUAAAAAUGUUCAUCCCUGUCAGAAUUCUGCAGUUUGCAAAGUCUGCUGAAUAUUUUAGAAAUCUGCAUUAUAAUACUUUGGCUCUGACUGAGCUAUUAAAAUAAUUAAGAAAGUGAAAACCUUGCUAUCCCUUUUAUCAGGCUAUUUUAAAACUUUCUAAACAACUAUUGCACCAUUCUAGUCUCCCAUUUUAGAACGAGAAUAAAUGCAAGUCGCUUAACCUUUUCUUAAUUCGAUUUUUUGCAAAGGUUUAUUUCUAAACAACAGAAUCAGCUGCCUUGGGAUUUCUAUUGGCAAUACGGUUGUCCUUUGAUACGUUAAAUUAUAAUUCCAUUUGGCAGUGAGGGGGGUGUAACAGCGUUAAGAAUGACCUUCAAACCAUUCUAAUACUACUUGUCAGAAAGCUCUCCUACAAGUAGGUCUGCAAAGGAGGUGUGGAUUGCACUGUGGAUCAAUAGUACAUCCAGUCUUCCAAUCAAAAUAGCUUUAUGGUCGAAAAAGAGCAGCUACAGCUGAACCAGCAUGUCAGCUGUGGUUGAAAGCAGCCAACCACAAUUCAGUUUCAGCCGGCCAAUGAUAGCCUCUGGCUUGAAAAGUAAAAGAGCCAAUCCGGAUCAGUGUCUCAUUUAGCCAAUAAUAAGAGUUGUCUUGCUGCGUCCCUGGUUGAGAGUACCGAUCGUGUUCGGCUGGUCUCGCGAGGUCCUUUCAGUAAAAGGAACCCCGUAACCCACAAACGUGUGUGCGCGCAGAUGAGGCACCUGCAGCAGCUCGGAAAUCUGCACGCAGCACAGUUCCCAGAAUAACCACAGUCCGGAGCAGAAACACUGGAGCGAGUGGCAUGUGCAGAGAAGAUCCCUCACCCCCCUUUUGGGGGGAAUCGCCUUUUGCUGAUGUCCUUUAAAUGGGAUUCUGUACUGAUGUGGAGCUCAUUCAAACCUCUGAGUGGACCCUACCAUUUCCUGGUGUAUGAAAGAGAGUACUUUGCCAUCGGAGAAUAACUUCCAUAGGAUGACAUGGCAAUGAUGAGAUCUGAGUUGAGCAUUAUGAAGAUUCUUCACUUGAAGAAGAGAGGCUGUUUUCUGCUGACGCUUUUAUGUCUGGUCAUCUUUGUGCUAAUCUUUUGUGAAUUCAUCAUUUAUUAUGUGGUGAUAUUUCAAUGUCAUUGGCCAGAAGUUAAAAUAGAAGCUCAUAGGGGCGACACACAGUCUUCAGCUUCUGUCUUGAAAGCCAUGUUUUUAUCUGAUACCCACCUGCUUGGUGAAAUCAAAGGGCAUUGGCUAGACAAAUUAAGAAGGGAAUGGCAAAUGGAGAGAGCCUUCCAAACUGCCUUGUUGUUACUGGAGCCAGAUAUUGUUUUCAUCCUAGGAGACAUCUUUGAUGAAGGGAAGUGGAGCUCCUCCCAGGCCUGGGAAGAUGACGUCAGGCGGUUUCAGAAAAUGUUCCGACAUCCAGUUCGCACUGAGCUAAUGGUCGUCGUUGGCAACCAUGACAUUGGCUUUCACUAUGAAAUGACCACUUAUAAGUUAAAACGAUUUGCAAAAGUUUUCAACUUCACUUCAGGAACAUUAAUAACCCGGAAAGGAGUAAAUUUUGUCAUGGUGAACAGUGUUUCUCUGGAAGGUGAUGGGUGCACUGUCUGCAGCAGAGCAGAGGCAAAACUCAUGAAGCUUUCUCAUAAACUGAAUUGCUCCCAACAGCAGGAACAGAAUAGCUCCAACAAAAGGUGCCAUGAUGUGGAACAACUUCCAGCUUCAGAACCAAUCCUUUUACAGCAUUAUCCUCUCUACAGAAGAAGUGAUGCUGAAUGUAGAGGAGAAGAUUCUGCUCUUCCAGAGGAAAAGAACAUCCCAUUUAAAGAAAAGUAUGAUGUACUUUCUAGAGAGGCUUCAAAAAAGCUGUUAUGGUGGUUUCAUCCUCGUUUGAUUCUGAGUGGCCAUACCCACAGUGCAUGCGAAGUGUUGCAUAAUGGGAAGAUUCCAGAAAUCAGUGUCCCAUCAUUUAGUUGGAGGAACAGAAACAACCCUAGUUUCAUCAUGGGCAGCAUAACACCAAUCAACUUCUCCCUCUACAAAUGUUUCCUUCCUCUUGAGAGCACAGUUUUUACUAUAUACUGUAUAGCAGGGCCUCUACUUGUGGUACUGAUACUAGCUCAUCUUGUACUCAACCCACCUUUUUAUUUUGCUCAGUACUUAAUCAGGAAGCAUAAAGCAGUAUGAAGAGCCAGACAUCUGCAUUCAGUUACUGAAAUACCAAAGCUGAGAACAGUCAAACAUCAGACUAUAUUCAUGCCAGCAAAUGACCUAAGUGGAUUGUUAAUCCAAAGGCAGGUCGCAUUUACACAUACCAUAGAAAUCCUACACAGUUGAUAUGACUACUACAGGAUAAAUAAUUAACUGAAAUGAACUGUUUUCAUGCUGUACAAAAAUACAGUAUUCUACAA